CCUUCAUGGUUGGCAGCGACGACUGCCGGAACAACCGCAACCGAUGCCCUUUCUAAACCCCAACUCCUUCGCCGUCCUCCUCGAAUCAGCCGUAUCUACUCAAUCUCCUCUCCUCGGCCGCGCCACCCAUGCCCAAAUCAUCAAAACUCUCGCCCACCCUCUCCCAUCCUUCCUCUCCAACCACCUCAUCAACAUGUACUCCAAACUCGACAUCCCUGAAUUGGCCCAUCUCGUCCUCCUACUCACCCCGCCCCAAGACCGCUCCGUUGUCACAUGGACCACCCUCAUCUCCGGCCACGUCCAGCACGGUUAUUUCGCAUCCGCUUUGCUGCACUUCUCUGACAUGCGCCGAGAGCACAUUUCGCCUAACGACUUUACGUUCCCUUGUGCCUUCAAGGCCUCCGCUUUCCUCCGUAUGCCUCGUGUUGGGAAACAGCUUCAUGCGCUAGCUUUGAAGUCUGCCCAGAUUUUCGACGUGUUUGUUGGGUGCAGUUGUUUUGACAUGUACUUGAAAACAGGGCUUAGAAAUGAUGCCGGAAAGUUGUUUGAUGAAAUGCCUGAGAAAAGUAUCACAGCAUGGAAUGCGUAUAUUUCUAAUGUGGUGCUCGAUGGCAGGCCCCGACAGGCGGUGGAAGCGUUUCUGGAACUUAGACGUGCAGGUGGGAAACCUGAUUCAAUAACUUUCUGUGCAUUUCUCAAUGCUUGUGCAGAUGCUCAGUAUUUGGAAUUGGGGAGGCAACUGCAUGGUUUUGCGAUUCGAAGUGGGUUUGAUGGGUCUUUGUCAUUGUCUAAUGGGCUCAUUGAUUUUUAUGGCAAAUGUAAGGAGGUAAAAUCAUCUCAGAUGGUUUUUGAUUCAAUGGAGAAAAGGAAUGAUGUUUCUUGGUGUUCAAUGGCUGCUGCUUAUGAGCAAAAUAAUGAGGAAGAGAACGCUUGUUUGGUAUUUCUACAAGCCAUGGAUGCAGGUGUUGAGCCUAAGGAUUUUAUGCUUUCGAGUGUUCUCAGUGCUUGCGCAGGUAUUGCAGGACUGGAAUUGGGUAGGUCAGUUCAUGCACUAGCGGUUAAGGCUUGUGUUGAAGGGAACAUUUUUGUGGGAAGUGCCCUUGUUGACAUGUAUGGUAAAUGUGGGAGUAUAGAGGAUUCGGAGCAAUCUUUUUAUGAAAUGCCUGAGAGGAACUUGAUCACUUGGAAUGCUAUGAUAGGCAGUUAUGCACAUCAAGGACAAUCAGACUCUGCUUUGGCAUUGUUUCAAGCCAUGACAUCUGGCAGCCAUGGAGUUGUUCCCAACUAUGUGACUUUGGUAUGUGUAUUAUCAGCUUGUAGCAGGGCAGGAGCAGUGAAAAUAGGGAUGGAGAUUUUUGAAUCAAUGAAGGAAAGGUAUGGAAUUGAACCUGGGGCAGAGCACUAUGCUUGUGUUGUAGACAUGCUAGGAAGAGCUGGAAUGGUAGAACGUGCUUACGAGUUUAUAAAAAAAAUGACAAUUCCUCCAACAAUUUCUGUUUGGGGGGCUCUGUUAAAUGCUUGUAGGGUGUAUGGAAAACCAGAGUUGGGGAAGAUAGCAGCUGAGAAACUAUUUCAACUUGAUCCUAAAGAUUCCGGCAACCAUGUAUUGCUAUCAAAUAUGUUUGCAGCUGCUGGCAGAUGGGAGGAGGCUGACCUUGUGAGGAAGGAAAUGAAAGAUGUUGGGAUCAAAAAAGGUGCUGGUUUCAGCUGGAUUGCAGUAAAGAACCGAGUCCAUGUCUUCCAAGCAAAAGAUACAUCUCAUGAAAGGAAUUCUGAGAUACAAGCAAUGCUAGCUAAGCUGAGAAGGGAGAUGAAGGCAGCUGGAUAUACUCCGGAUACAAAUUUUGCCCUCUAUGAUAUAGAAGAAGAAGAGAAAAUAUCAGAAGUUGGGUACCACAGUGAAAAGCUAGCACUUGCUUUUGGUCUUAUAGCCAUCCCUCCUGGUGUCCCUAUUAGAAUCACAAAGAACCUUAAGAUUUGUGGAGACUGUCAUAGUGCCUUCAAGUUUAUUUCAGGCAUUGUUGGGAGAGAAAUCAUUGUGAGAGAUAACAAUCGAUUCCAUCGAUUCAAGGAUGGGCAUUGCUCUUGUAGAGAUUACUGGUGAUAACUUCAGAUAAUAUUUUUUAAGGAUUCUUUUAUUCAGGAUCAAGAUAUUAACAGUUUCAAGAUCUAGUGGGGCUUAUAAAUUGGAAAUUUUCGU